AUUCUCAUUGAAUUUUCAGAAGGCUCGGUGGAGAUAUGCAAGGAGGGCACGAGGCUUGCCAUCAUGGGACCAGGCAAAAUCUUUGGGGAGAUAGCUAUCCUCUACAACUGCAAACGAACCGCUUCUGCAAGAGCACUGACAUUUUGCAAGUUGUGGGCAAUUGAAAGGAAAGUCUUCCAAGCCAUCAUGAUGACAACCGUACUGAAAAAGCAGGAAGAUUACACAAACUUCCUUAUGAGCGUUCCCGUCAUCAAUAGCCUGCCACCUCAGACAAUCAGCAAAGUGGUUGAUGCGCUCGAGGAAGUGAGGUAUGAACAUGGAGAGUACAUCAUCCGCCAGAACCAGCCUGGAGACACGUUCUACAUCAUCUCUAACGGAAGUGUUAAAGUAACUAAAGACUGCCCGAAUUCCGCUGAUGAAAUUUUUGUCUGCAUGCUCAGUAAAGGACAAUUUUUUGGGGAACUGGCUCUUGAAACAGAAGAAAAGAGAUCAGCCAAUAUCGUUGCAUGGGGAGGAACAGGAGUGACAUGUUUAGUUCUGGAACGAGUAGCUUAUAAGCAGUUGAUUGGCAGGUCCGGAUAUUUGAAACCUUCGACAUUGGAUAUUGUGGAAGCUGAAGAACCCCAACAAAAUCUUUCAAACGAAUUUUCUUCUGUUCAGCUGAGCGAUUUAAAAGUGAAAGCAGUAAUUGGAGUUGGCGGAUUUGGCCGAGUUGAAUUGGUUGUUUUGAACAGAGAUAAUGAAAAAAAACUGCUGGCACUGAAAAGUAUGGCCAAGUGUCACAUCGUUGAAACGUCACAGCAAGAACAUGUCAUGAACGAGAAACAAAUUUUAUCUGAAAUUAAUAACAGCUUCGUCAUCAGAUUGUAUAAAACCUUCAAAGACCGAAAGUAUUUGUACCUGCUGUUGGAGUUGGGCGAGGGGGGUGAGCUCUGGUCUCUGCUCAGGGAGAGAUUGGCAUUCGACUCCAACGCUACCCGAUUUUACAGUGGCUGUGUCAUUGAGGCACUGGAUUAUCUACAUUCAAGGCACAUCAUAUUCAGAGAUAUCAAACCGGAAAAUCUCGUGCUUAAUCAUCUUGGCUAUGUUAAAUUGGUUGAUUUUGGAUUUGCCAAGCGCAUCGGAGUUGGUCAAAAAACGUUUACGUUUUGUGGUACGCCAGAGUACGUUUCACCAGAAGUCAUUUUGAAUAAAGGACAUGAUUAUGCUACAGAUAUCUGGUCUUUGGGCAUACUCAUUUAUGAGUUGCAUAUCGGCAGUCCUCCUUUCAACGGCUCAGACCAUAUGAAAACGUACAAAAAGGUUUUGAAGGGCAUUGAUUCCGUCGAGUUUCCAAAAUUGUUCAACAAGUUAUCCCAACAGUUGGUGAGGCAGCUCUGCAAGACGAAUCCAAACGAUCGACUCGGCUACAGCGUCAAUGGUAUGAAAGCCAUCAGGAAACACAAAUGGUUUGAUGGCUUCAACUGGGAUGGUCUAAGAAGCAUGUCCAUCAAAGCUCCUCACUCAGUUAAGGUGAUGAACGAAUCGGACCUGCCCAACUUGGAAUACGUGACAGACGAACCAACCCAGCAGGCGGCCGAUGAUGACACUGGCUGGGAUGUAGAUUUUUAAAGCAUCGAAAUUAGAAAUUUCCUUGAUGAAGAACAAAUGUAUUGGAGGACUUUUUAAAAUUAUUUUAUCUUGAAAAUUUAGUAAACUUGAUCAUUUAUCAAAAUCUUAUUUUGAAAUGAUGUUUCAAUUAUGUUUCUUCUCUUUUUUGCUGCAAAUAAUAAAUUAUAAUGACAUGGAAGUACUGAAAUGAAGAACGACAGUAGUUGUGCAAAUAUUGUCAUAUGACAUCCAUAUCAUCUUACUGCUACGUAUCACCCAAUAUCAUCUUAUUGUCAUAUCACCCAAUAUAAAUUUUAUUUAAAAAUAAAAUGUACUCAGUUCUGUUCAAA